AUGAAGCCAGCAAAAAUACUAUGAUUGUUCAGAAGGAAGGUAUCUAUAACAGUGUAACCUUUUAUAUGACUACGAAGGGCUCCAAAAAUGUCGACCACUGGUACACUUAGUAACUAUUAUGUGGACUCUAUAAUAGGGCACGAAGCAGAGGACGUGUAUGGGGCUCGCUUUGUCCAAGGAGCACACAGCACGACCUCAAGGCCAUCAGGUGUAGCAGAUAAUGCUGAUUUUUCGUCCUGCAGCUUUGCCCCCAAGUCCGCCGUCUUUCCCACGUCUUGGUCGUCGGUUCACCCUCAGUCGACAGCCGCAGUAUCAGGGAUUUAUCAUCCCUACGUGCACCAGUCUCACCUUGCUGCCACGGACGGCAGAUACGUACGGUCCUGGAUAGAGCCCCUCUCCAACUCGGUUUCUUUUUCCGGCUUUCAUCCAAACCCUCGGCAUUACGGGACAAAGCCAGAAAGUCUGCCUUCUAAAAGGACAGAGUGUUCUUCUUUUGAGGCACAAACUCCAACUCUUCCCGACUUCACGAGCGGGGCAUUUUCAGAAAGCAAGGUUAAAGGCACCAAAGAAGCCACUGGCAGCGACAUUUCGAAUCACAGCGAGCCCAAAGAGGACAAGACGCAGCAACUUGACCCAAGCAACCCUGCGGCAAAUUGGAUCCAUGCACGUUCCACAAGGAAGAAGCGGUGUCCUUAUACAAAAUAUCAGACAUUAGAACUGGAAAAAGAAUUUCUUUAUAACAUGUACCUCACAAGAGACCGUCGAUACGAAGUUGCUAGAAUUUUGAAUUUAACCGAAAGGCAGGUAAAAAUCUGGUUCCAAAACAGAAGAAUGAAAAUGAAAAAGAUGAACAGAGAAAAGGGCACUAAGGAGCAACACUGACUAACCCGGGAAUGAAAACUGCAGUGCACUGGACUAUGUAGUGCUUCAUCUUUGAUGUAAAUGUGGUCACGCCAUGUGCUAGAAUAAACUUUAAUAGGAGCCUGUGUAUUAAA